AGUCUUUCUAAACAUUUAUCAUCCAAACAAGGCGGCUCACGUACCACCAAUUGCGGUAAUUGUCUAGAAUUUGCGUUGCUAACGCUGCUACAGAACGUUCCUUGAAUCGAACGCCAUCUAACACUUCCCCAUAGACUGAGCAAUAAGUUCUUCGACUAAGCUCUACAAUUGCUUCUGUUAAUAACCAACCCGGCUCAUACGUUAACACGUCGUUAGUUUUUCUAGUACUUCGUUUUUUAAGUGAAAAGAAAAUUUAGUAAACCACAACAAAAAAAUGGUCCAAAAACAUCGUUCAGUUUCUAAAGCCACCCUCGCCAAGGAUUUGAGCCCGAUGCGCAACAUGACAAUUAACAAGCAGGCCCUCGCCUCGAGUCCCGCCAACGGCAUGGCGCUGAGCUUCGGUGGCCGCUUAUGUGUGCCCUCGGCAACAUCGAGUAGCUGCAACAACGCCGACAAAUGGAAAUACAACAACAUGGUGAACAAUCAACGCGAACAAUUCAACAGUUUGCACUUCUGCUAAGCUGCAGGCAGUGGCCACCGAUAGCGGGCGUCCAAAGUUCUAGUUAGAAAUUUUUGAAAAUGUUACUCGCUAAAGCAGCAAGAUCGGCGUACAUGUUUAGACGCAAAAGGCUUACAAACACACACAUUUAUAUAUAAAUAUAUAUAUAUAUAUUAAUAUAUAUAUGUAAUAUGUAUGUAAUAUAUAUGUAUAUAUAUGACAUACACACAUGUUAAAUACCAUCCAAGUUGUUUCUUAGCAUUCCAAUAAAUUAUAUAUUUUAGAGUUAAACAUUA